UUUAGUCGAUGUCUAUACUUUGUGUUGCGUGGUUGUGUUAAAAAUUUUAUUACGAAAAAUAAUAUUUUUAAAUAAGACAUGAUUGUCGCAGAGGCUUGGCAGUGGAACUACCUCUUCUGGGUGAUACCGGUUGUAAUCAUUCUUGGUUUUCUCGCAUUUAUUGGUAUACUUGCAGUUUUAUUUGUCAUCCGUUUGUACGCUAAACUUACUUGCGGACGUUACCGUGAGAAGACCAAGAUGGACGGAAAGACUGUGAUAGUUACUGGCUGUACCAGUGGAAUUGGAAAGGAGACUGCCAGAGAGUUAGCUAAAAGAGGCGCAAGAGUUAUAAUGGCAUGCAGAAGUAUGGAAAUGGCUGAAAAAGUACAAGAUGAAAUCAUCAUGGAAACGAAAAAUACAAAUGUUCUCGUUAAAAAAUUGGACCUAAGCUCCUUCGCAUCAAUUAGAACAUUCGCUGAAGACAUCAACAAAACUGAAAAGAAAUUAGACGUCCUAAUCCACAACGCUGGAUAUGCGGAAACAUUCAAAAAGAACAUCUCCGAAGACGGCAUCGAAUUGACGAUGGCUACAAACCAUUACGGGCCAUUUUUACUGACUCACCUCCUUAUUAAUUUGUUAAAGAAAAGUUCGCCUUCAAGGAUUGUCGUUGUAGCGUCAUCUCUUUAUCGCUUAGGAUCUGUUAACUUAGACAAUCCAAACCCAACAAACACGAUGCCUGGAUAUUUGUACUAUGUUUCAAAAGAAGCUAAUAUUCUUUUUACAAAGGAAUUGGCAAGACGUUUAGAAGGAACAGGUGUUACCGCGAAUUGCUUGCAUCCUGGUUUAAUAGAUACCGGAAUUUGGAGGAAUGUUCCAGCGCCAUUGAGUUGGGGCUUGGGUCUCAUUAAUCAACUAUUUUUCAAAACGCCCGUCCAAGGAUGUCAAACUACAGUAAUGUUGGCAGUAGAUGAGAAAUUGAAUAAGGUGAACGGAGAGUAUUUCUCUGAUUGUGAAAAGAGUUCGUUAUCUUCUAAAGCUAGUGAUAUGGGCAGGGCGAGGAAAUUGUGGGAAAUAUCGGAAAAGAUGGUUAAACUUGAGGAAAACGAUCCUAGAAUUUAAGUUGAUUAUUACAACAUAAAUUAAAAGUACUUACAUA